AUAAAUUUCGCCUAGCAACGUAAACAAAACGGAGAGUCAGGCACGGGUGGAACGGCCUCGUGUCGAAAUCAAAUUCCAUAACGUCAGACGUGCUCACCCUUCACCCUUCACGUAAUAUACCAUCACCUUUCACCACAACACAAUCGAAAUAAUAAAAAAUUAAAUUUUUGCGUAAAACUUUAAAAUUUAAAAUUUCUGUGUGAAUUUAAGUGCAAAUCUUGGAAAAAACUCAAAAUGUCUGAAGAUUUAUUACUUCAAGAAGCUUCCGGAAGGAGAGUAGGACAAUCCAUGUUGGAAACAGCAAUAAAAACAGGAGAACAAAGCCGAAUGACGCUGGCAAUGACGGUGGCAUCGCAGAAAUCGGUCAAGUCUUUCAAAUCGUUGAAAUCGAUGAAUGCACUACAAGCAAUAAAGUCACUGAAUGCAAUCCAAUCAAUAAAAUCGCUGAAUAAAAUUAAAUCAACCUCAAGAGCUUCAGCGAAAUCCUUGCGAUCGGACUUUGAAAUAAGAUCAUUGCGGUCGAUACCCGAUUCGAAGGUAUCACUGAAGUCUGACCGUUCGUCGAAGUCAUUCAAAUCAAUGCAUUCGUUAAAAUCGAAGAAAUCGGGAGAUUCAACACUGGUGAUUCUGGAAGAGCCAAUCAGAUCUUCAACAUCGGAAGAGUCGGCUAAUAAGAACAGUUUUGUAGUGCCCAUGAUCACUUCGUUCAUGCCGGAACGGAUUCAGCUACGCAAAAGAAAAUCGAAAACCAUUCCGGUUUAUACCAAGUCAGAUUCGAGUGUAUAUCCAAGUUAUUCCAACCUGAUAUUACCUUAUCGAGUGGUGUGCCGUCAACGCUAUCAGAACGCCAUCAACCAGCAUCACGCGCAAUUCAUCAGCGAGAUAUGUCUCCACGAACGGCUGCAACCGUAUGCAUUAGGAGGAGUGAGAUUACGACGCGAAUUUUGUGAUCCUAUACUCAUCAAAGUCGGCUCUAAAGAUAUCAUUGGUCUUGACUUAGAAGAAGAACGACGAUUGGAACAUAUUUUGAAAACUGAUCCUAAAGAAUUAUAAAUUUUAAAGAAAAAAAAAUAAAAUUUUUGUAAAAUAAUAGAUUAUGUAAUAAACAAAAGAAUAAAUUAAUAAACAAAGAAAA